CCAAAGCAGUACCACUUUUAUCUGAAAAGCAUGAUUUUACUGUAGUCGAGAUCGAGUAUGCAACAACCCUGAUCGCCAUGUUAGUUAUAAAAAGGGACACCUCGGAGCAACGCUGUCAAUCCGCGUGGAAAGAAUCGAUCACAGUCAGCUUCCUUCCUCAUGCUUGAGGCGUCUUUCCGGCCGGUUGAAAGCCUCCCAGUACUGGAUCGCUAAACAGCGGGUUUCACUUUGACUACUUCACGAAAACCAUUACCCUGAACAGGUUUUAGGUUUGAUUGUUCAGAGAGGAAAAGGUUGGUUGUCUGAAAUUCUUGCAGAUAGAAGUUAGGAGAAGGCGGUUUCAAGGUCUUGGCGGGUGCUCGUAGAACGCGGCGCAAUGUCGGAUCAAAUAUUACUGGAGGAAGGAACCUUCAACUCACGCAGCGCCAGCAGCGAGGAAGACUCAGAAAUCUCCACGCCACGCGCGGAGCCCGAGGAAAGCGAUGAAAACAGUGGUGGAGGUAGUACAGCUACUGCACCCGAUGACAAUGGAGAUGUACGUGUUACGAUCCGAGAAGGCAAUCGCACUGUGCCUUCACGGCCCGAACGUAGCAUGGUCUUCACACCUCCUGGAGUCGACCUCUCCGACACGCGAGCUCUACCUGUGGACGGCAUUGAAAUGCAGUCACUGAACUCGUCUUUUGGCAGCGGGCAAGCCCAGGAUGCCGCAGCGAUCGAACUGGCAAGACGGGAGAGUCAGUUUUCGCGCAUGACGGGACUUUCUGAACUGAGUCACAGCGGCCAUGAACAACACCAGGGCAUUGCCAACAGUGCAUCGUCAUCCAUUCUCUCUCGCCUUGCACGGAGCGGCGGGGCAGACAGCAAGAGCGCAUCGAGCAAGACAAAGCGAGAGCCCUCAGGACUUUCCAUUCUCGCUCCGAGGAAGAAGGGACGAGCUGGCAGCGUGGCAGAGGGUGGCUUUGAAGGACCGUUUGACGAGGCAUUCUGGGAGAAGGUGGAGGAGAAGAAAACAUUGGAAGGUUUGAUCAAGAAACUUGCCAUGCGCGAAGCCAGACUUGAUCGCAUCAUCGAGCAGAGUGGGUCGGCAGAGGCUGCAGUCACAGCUAUUCUGGACAAGUCUAACUCUCAAGGAGAGGCGCGGCAGCUAUUGGACGGGCUGAUCGCCCGCGGCAUUGAUCUCGGUUGUCGCGACGAUCCGUAUCUGCACAUCGCUGCGGAGAAGAAUUACGUCUACGUAGCGCGAACGUUGAUGGAUAACGAGGCGGCGAUCGAUGCGGCCAGUGAGAAAGGAGAGCUACCUGUGAUAAUUGCACUUCAAGCUGGCCAUGAUGAAAUGGCGUCUGUUAUCUUGCGCCGAAUGAACAAGAAAAGGGUCCGAGAGCUGUUUGAUGCACAGAAAGACGGCAACUCCUUCCGUUUUCAAAACCUUGUGUCAUCAGGGGAUAUGCCGCUGACGUGCCGGGCUAUUCUGGAUGCCUGCGUCCAGCCGACUGACGAGCCAGACGAGUACCGUUUCCAUUAUCGUAUUCUGGAGAGCGAUGCGAACGGUUACUCUCCCAACGACGCAGGGUUUAACGUGAACGGCAAAACCGCCUUUCACCGAGUUCUGGAGUGCCGAGACAAAGAGAUGCAGCGACACAAUGUAGUGCGCAUGUUGAUCUACAACAAGUGGGUGGAGUAUGGAGAGAGAAUGGCCAUCCUGAACCUGUCGCUCUACUUGUUGUUCAUGCUGUGCGUGACGUUUUCACUGAUCUCUGCUGGCCGGCAAGCUGAUCCGCGUAUCUACGACAGUGCUGAGGACUAUGCCAGAGGUGUGCUGGAAGUGAUCAGUCUGAUCGGGGUCAUGUUCAAUCUUUACGAUGAGAUCAAGGAGUUACACAGAGAGAAGUUGGCUUACUUGACAGAUGGCUACAACUACCUUCAGGUCACCUCUAUGCUACUCUUGGUUGCCAUCAUUCCACUGCGUUGGACUAAUCAAGAUGCACAAUGGCAUGUGGCAUGCUUCGCAUACAUCUUCCUGUGCCUGCGUAUUCUCAUGCUGAUAUCCGUCACAAGAAUGGUUGGUAUAUACCUACAGAUACUGACACGUAUUCUCUACAAGGACAUAUCACGUUUUGUGAUCAUAUUCGGGAUCUUCCUCCUGACAUACUCUGGUUCCUUGUUCCUGGCAUUGCGUGCUGAACCCAUCGUGGAGAGGAACUCCACGUCGGACCCGAAGGAAACCACCGAGCUGAGUCUCGGACACUUCACAUCGAAUUACGGUUUCAUUCUUUUGAGUGGACUGCGGACCAUGAUUCAGCAGGAAACCAAUGUGGACUACAUCAAUGACGACGAGCCGAGUGAAUCAUUCAGCUGGUUGGGUAUAGUCAUCAACAUGCUGUUCCUGUUCUUCGUGCUGGUAGUGCUGUUGAACAUCUUGAUCGCUCAGCUUAGCGAUACGUAUGCUGAUGUCAAAGCCGACGCACAGCGUGAACUUGAGCAAAACUGGGCGGCAUCGCUCAGGAUUCUGGAACAGGGAACGUCACCAUUGAAGAGAUACCGUUUCAAGAACUAUGAUGACUACGAAGAUGUUGUCCACCCUGGACAUCGGUUGAUCGGCUGGGAAGAACCGAAGGAUGUCGACGAAGACGAAGAGGAGAAGCGCCGAAAACUGCAGAUGGAAGCGGAUAUCGAGAAGCAGAGUCAACAGAUAAUGGCCUUAAAGGCACAGAUGCGAGCCACCCUUGAGCUGCUACACGAGAAUAGGAAGGUGCCGCCCAAGCUAGACCACAACAUUGCCCAUCUCGGUACCGUGCAGGUACCAGAAACCGUAAACAACAUCGUCAUGAAAACAGAGGCCGUUCUUCGGGACGACGUGAUGGAAACACGUAAACAGCAGAACACAAUCUUCAACGAUCUGUCACAGGCGGCACGCGAACACACGGACACGCUGAAGAAGUCGGUUGACGACCAGAACCGAGACACGCAAACGCUGAUGACGACUUCGUUCCAGACAACCUCAACAGAGCUGGACCAUCUGAAGCAGACGGUCGGUGUUACGCUACCCGACACCAUACAAUCAGUAACAGCAGCCGCGCACACCGAAACCAUUGCAGCGCUCAGUGCCAAGCUGAACGAAACCAGCGGUCAACUUCAGGCACUGGAGCAGUACAUUCAAACCAACCUGCGAGAGAGCAUCGACACAGCCAUCAAGACAUCGGAGCUCUCAGUCAUUGGCGAUGCCACAGCCGCAGUGACGAUGGUACGCGAACAAGAGAGCGAACACAAUCGUGAGCUGAGAGAAGCACUCCAGGUCAGCCAGCAGAACAUCACUGAUACUCUGUGCAAGGCCGUCAAGGAGAACUGUAACCGUCUGCAGGUAGACUUGACUCAGCAACUGGAACGGGGCAUGGCAGCACGACACCAGGCCUUGGAGCAGCAGCUGAGCGCGCAAGUCGACAAGAUGAUGGCCGAAGUGAACCGCCUUAUCGACGGAUCAUUCUAGACUCGUAUAACGUCACAAUGGAUAAUGCCUUACUUGUUGUUUUGAGAUUUUCCUGAGAGUUCUCGCACUGCUUGUGAAGAGCUCCAGGCUUGAUUCUAUUCUCGUUUGUUCUCCAAGCUUUCUGCCUGAUUCGAAGUCUUUCACAGCAUUAGUAGAGUCCAGCCUUUAGUAGGCAGAGGAUAUACCCACUGGUCAUACCCAUUUGCACAGAUCCCGGUUUGCCCAUGGCCGGAUUACGAGUUUGUUUUCCACUUUACCGAUCGCACAUGUGGGCUGGCGUAUAGCCAGCCGAACGUACUGCCAAGUUUCUUGACAACCAUUCAGCAUACUACUAUACUUGUGUACCAACUGUACCAUACGUCAUUGUCAAGAGGUACGGUAAGUUUUCACAGCACAAGUCCAAGAUAAAUACAAUGCUUUUCUUGCCUUGUCCUGGUCUUACACCUCCUCAAUCUCUCCCUUGUACGAGCACUAGGCCGUGCUGCAUGAUGGCUCAGAGCCCUUCAGAGCAUCAUACUGUACAUGUACAUGCUUGCUGCACACCGCUGUUCUUGCUGCUCGAUUUCCAUAAUUCCACCCUACCAUAACACAACUCAAGAUUGCACGCUGCCGCGAAGCACACAUGGAGUAUUUUACAAAGUACUUUUGCUCUGAACUGGAACUAGCUGCCCUGUUAUUUAACUACGAGCAGCAACUAUUAUUUUCUCGCUUUUUUCAUGGGUUUACGGUCAGUACUUUAACACUUAUUAUUCUGAACUUGUUCUACCAUUAUUACCUGUCCUAUGCUGCUGUCAACUGUUCCGUGUGGAUUCGCGGAAUUCCCCAUUUGGCAGCGGUCCACUUUCUGUUUCUCUUCCACAGCUCCUUCUGCAAACUUACUUCUUUUACAACCACUGCCGGGUAUUUCAACGACUACACAUCUUCCUUGUACUGCAUAUUUUACCUCUGUGCUGUACUAAAUCCAUUGUCCUUGUUCAUUUGAUUUUGCCUGUAUUUUCACCUGACAAUAAGGCUUGAAAUCGUA